AUCACAAGUUCGUGACCUACUAUGAAUUGCGUAGAAUUAUUUAUAUCUCAAUCCAAAUCCAUUGAUGCCAAACUCUGCUUGGUUGACUGCUCCAUCCAUUCCAGCCUGCACCUGCACUGCAGUUGAGUUCAGUUGGUCCAGCCAGGCCAUGGCUAUGUCCGCUUCCUCCUCCUCGCGCGCCCUCCUCCGCCGGAUCAGCGGCGCGCUCCUCCGCCGCUCCUUUUCCGAUGCCGCCGCCGGCUCCGACUCCGCCGCCGCCGCAGGGUACCACGUCGCGGGCGGGCCCAGCUACAUGCGCGGCGCCGUCUUCUGGGAGCCCGGCCGCCCGCUCACGCUCGAGGAGUUCCGCAUGCCGCGCCCCAAGGCCGGCGAGCUCCUCAUCAAGACCAAAGCCUGCGGGGUCUGCCACUCCGAUCUCCAUGUCCUCAAAGGCGAACUCCCUUUCUCCAGCCCCUGUGUCGUGGGCCAUGAGAUCACCGGAGAGGUCGUCGACCAUGGCACGCACACUCCUGCCGAGAUCAUCAAUAGAUUCCCAGUUGGAAGUCAUGUCGUCGGCGCGUUCAUAAUGCCAUGUGGGAACUGCUUCUACUGUGUUAAGGGCCAAGAAGAUCUGUGCGAGUCUUUCUUCGCGUAUAAUCGUGCCAAGGGGACACUCUAUGAUGGCGAAACACGGCUGUUUCUAAGGGGCAAUGGGAAACCGGUGUACAUGUACAGUAUGGGCGGGCUUGCAGAGUAUUGCGUCGUGCCAGCCAAUGCGCUAGCAGUGCUCCCUGACUCGUUGCCAUACACAGAAUCAGCGAUUUUAGGAUGUGCAGUGUUUACCGCGUAUGGUGCCCUGAGGCAUGCUGCUGAAAUGCGGGCGGGUGAUUCGGUAGCUGUGAUCGGAGUUGGAGGGGUUGGAUCAAGCUGUUUACAGAUAGCGAAAGCCUUUGGAGCUUCUGAAGUCAUCGCAGUGGAUGUUCUUGAUGAGAAACUCCAGAACGCUAGAACACUUGGUGCAACCCACACUGUAAAUGCAGCAAAAGAGGAUGCAGUUGAAAGGAUAAAGGAAAUUACUGAUGGUAGGGGUGUGGAUGUGGCUAUAGAGGCACUUGGUAAGGCAUUAACAUUUUCCCAGUGCGCCAAAAGCGUACGUGAUGGAGGCAAAGCUGUUAUGAUCGGGCUUGCUGCAGUAAACGUAAUGGGGGAGAUCGACAUAACCCGUCUCGUCCGACGACAGGUGAAAAUCAUUGGUUCAUACGGCGCAAGGGCCAGGCAAGAUCUUCCUCAGAUAGUGAAGCUCGCGGAGAGUGGCGCCUUCAAUCUCCAGAACACCAUAUCAAGGAAAUGCAAGUUUGAGGAGGCGAAUGGCGCCUAUGAGGAUCUCAAUCAGGGUAAGAUCGUCGGGCGAGCUGUCGUUGAGAUCAUGGAGUGAUGACGGACGAGGUGAUCAAUCCUGUGGUUCCAAGCCUGGGUCACACAAUAAUAAAGUGUGUGCACUCUUUGACAGCAUUGUCAAAAUCUGUUAAUGAGAAGAUGACCGUCCUGACGGAGCUAUAUAUGGAGAUGCGCACUGUGUGCAGUGUGUGGCAAAGUGUGUUACUGGAAUUAACAUUUGCCCUUGUUAUUUCUGUUUAGAAUGAAAAUUUACUGUUGCAAGGAAUCUGAUCUGUUUCCUCUGAAUA